CGAAGAGCGGUCAAUUUUUUACGGUGUGGGAGUAAACAAAUGAUUGGACAAUUGACAGAUCCUAACCUCGAAACUGAGUUAUGUCGAGAUGUUUUCUGCUUUGUGAGGAUGGCCAAUUCCACUAUUGGAAAUUCGAAAGCGAUGAAAGAGGAGGACUGCCUAGGGUGCCGACUAGUUUCGGGGUUUGGGCUGUUCUUCAUUGGAGCAUAUCUCUAUCGUCAGUCCCAGCGGCAGAGUGGUACAUUUAGUAAAAUAACUGUGGUCUCCCUCUCGGCAGUUUCGAUUGGUCUGGGAGUAGCCAGAAUUUGUAACGCACCGUUGUUCCCAAAGGAUAAGUAGUCUGCUGUACAAGUUAUCAGCUGUAUUUUCACAAGUCUUUGUAAACGAAAUAAAUCUUAUAUAUGAAUA